UUGGCGCAGUCUGGGAGGGACUGGGGAGGAGUUAGUCUUCACAAGUAGUUCCUGAGCCCGGCCCGCCGGCCACAGACGCGGAGUGCAGGUGGGAGGCCCGCGGCACCUGGGUUGUGGCCCGGCAGCUGCGCAGCUCCGGAGCGCCCGGGGGCAGGGGUAAGUCUACCUCCACCGGACGUGGCGCCCCGCAGCAGGGGGCAGGCGAGAGGAGCGGCUGGGGUCGUAAGAGCUAGAAGGAACGCCGAGCUUGACCUCUCUGGUGCAGGCGUGCGGGACCCAGCGGUCGCCCUCCACUCUGUCCUAAGUGUGCCGGAGCGGUUGCAACCAAAGGCUCCUGGGAUUCCGGGCUGGGAGUGAUAACACUUUAAGAACCGGGUUCUCCACGACUCCAGACUGGGAAGACACACUUCAAAGGUCCCAGCUUCACUUGAGAGGAGGGCAUUCAAUUCAGGACGCCCUCCUAAGGCUUCUCCUCACCCAUGGCGCUACCUGGCUCCUCACAGACCCACGCCUGGAACCUGGAGCCUCCAGCUCCUACUACCGAGCCCUCCUCAGCUCCGGGAGCCCAAGAGCAGGAAGGAGCCGGGAGCCCCGUAGUCUCCGGGGGGCUUCCCUUGGAGAAGGUGAAGCGGCCCAUGAACGCGUUCAUGGUGUGGAGCUCCGCUCAGCGCCGCCAGAUGGCGCAGCAGAACCCCAAGAUGCACAACUCUGAGAUCUCCAAGCGCCUGGGCGCGCAGUGGAAACUGCUGGGCGAAGAGGAGAAGCGGCCCUUCGUGGAGGAGGCCAAGCGGCUGCGCGCCCGGCACCUACGCGACUACCCGGAUUACAAGUACCGGCCGCGGCGCAAGACCAAGAGCUCGGGCGCCGGGCCUGUCUUCAGUCCGGGAGGCGGCGCCCUGGCCUGCGGCGGCCCGCUCUGGAGUCCGGGAUAUACAACCACCCAAGGAAGCAGAGCCUUUGGGUACCAGCCCCCCAACUACUCGACACCCUACCUACCCGGCAACUAUGGCUCUUCCCACUGUAGACCGGAGGCCCCCUCGCCGAGCUCCUUACCUCAGAGUGACCCCAGGCUCCAGGGGGAGCUUCUCCCGCCCUACAGCCCCUACCUACCUCCAGGGUCUCCCACUCCCUACAGUCCUGGUGCCCCCAUGCCCCUAGCCCACCUCUAAAAACGGCAUGGACCUCCCAGUGAGGGCUGCAUUCUUUCCUCCCACCCAGAAUCACCCCCAACCCCAGGCUGAAAAUCCUUUCCUAUGUUGAACUACCACUCAGAGGCCUGCAGUCCUCCCAAGAAAGCCAAGGCCAGCAAAACCACCAUGUAACACAAUUCUGUAUGACAAA